CUCCACCUGUUCGCACAAAAGAGAGAGUGUGGAGGGAAGAAGCAGCAGGAUCUGUAGUGAAGAGAGCGAUCAGACAUGUGUGACAGGUAUUUAGAAAUCCUGAAAGAAAGCGCCCACAAGGGGAAUUUCAUCCCGUCAGGUCGACAGCUGCACAGGACUCCUCCUUUGCCGGAUGUGAAGAGACACCUGAAUUUUUGCAGCGAUUCGAGUCUGGAUUUGGAGGAGCAGCAGCGCAAUGUGGAGCGUCGGAGUCAAAACAACCACAACAGCACGUUUGAUUCUCCUGACACUCCUGAAACAAAACCAGGUUCUCUGGACGAUCCGAACUCCAUGCUGAAAGGGAUGAAGGGCUACCAGCUGAUACCAAGCGACCUGGAGUUCAUUGAAAAGAUGAAGGAAGAGAAACUUAUUAAAAAUCUCCAGAGCGAGCUGGAGGAGGCGCAGAGGUUGUUGAAGAAGGAGACGAUGGCUGCGGAGCUGGUGAUUGCUUCGAGGGAGAAAGCACAGGCCGAGCUCAAAAAGUUCCCAUCCUGUGAAGAGAUCACCGAGUGGGUAAAGGUUGUCCUCGGGGCGUCGUCUCCGUCGGUGGACUUGACAGACGUGGACGCCAAGUCUCUUCUGGCCACGGUGACGAAAGAAGACGUCCAAAGAGUGAUCGACGGGAAGAGGACCGAGCUCAGGCGGAUGGAGAAGAUGGUGGCGAACAAGAGGAAGAAAGAGGCUAAAGAAAGGGCGCAGCUUGAAAAACAAAUUACCGUUGAACAGCUGAAGAUCCAAGGAUUGAUGAGGCAGUUAACCGACCUGAAGUUUGACCUCGCAAGAGAAACGGAAGCGUGCGAAGCUCUUGACAUGCCGUUCAAAGUGGAAGCAGAAAAAGUGGAUACCUCGGAGGAGCUACCGGCGGCUAAAAGCCAAGUGAGAAGUCGAGGGAAGGAAAGAAAACAGGCCGUUAAAUCUACUGAGAAGCUGCAAGACGCUACAAACCAGAAUAAAUCAAAGAGCAAGCUGACGGACAGUCGGAGCAGUUUGAAAGACGAUCGUGAAAAUAAGAAGACGAGUGAAACUUUGAAGACGAAACAGAAGUCAGCGGAGAAGCAGACGAAACCAGUUAGAGCAGCCGGAGGGCCGCAGAGGAGGAAAACCGAGGAGAAGGACUCAGAUCUGCAGGAGUCUGAACAAGCUGUGAAAGGGCGAAGAAAGCCUCCUGGAGGCGCGCAGACCGCAGCCUCACAAGCGAAAAAUCAAAGUAAAGUGAGAACAGGAGAGGCUGCAGACGAUGGAGAGGAGGCGCAACACGCCGGACUGAGGAGGUCCAAGAGGAUAGCCAGCAGGAGAUCCUUUCUCCUCUCUCCUCUCAAACUCGUGCAGCUCCACCCACCUGCAGAUAAAAGCCAAACCCUCACCAGAGCAGCUCCUCAAAGCUUUGUGAUACCUCCACCCUGCAGCAGCAGCAGCAGCAGCACACAAAGGGCCCAGCAGGACUGCAGCUAACACCUGGCUGGAACCCCGUGCAUGGCCACCGUCCCGCUCAUGCCUUGGAAAAGACCCAGAAAAGCAGCGUAAAGUUUGAGGGGAAAGCAGACGAAGGAGGCGCAGGCCAGAGGGAGAGAGCACCUUCAG